AACUUUGAUUUAUACGAUUAUAAAUUAAAUACUGACAAUUAAAUAAUAAAUAAUUAAAUACAAAUAACAGAAUAAGGGAAAAUAUAUAGAAAUGAGAUAAAUAACAACAUAAUAUUCAAAUAAAAUAGAUAAACAAAUCAAAUUUAAGAUUAAACUACAGAUGAAAAGCCUUUAUUUCAAAUAUAAUUAAAAAAUAAUAAAGUAAUAUUAAUUCCUUUAGAAAAAAAUAAUCUAUGGUUUCGUAUAAGUCCAAAUCAAAAAAAGGGUCUAAAUAAGUUAAAAGUAGGUCAAAUAUUUAAAAUCGGUCGAAAAGAGUUUAAAAUUAUCGAAUUUCAAACCCAUAAUAAAUAAAAAUAAUGUAGUAAAGAGUAGCAUUAUAACAUUUCGAAUAUCGCUUGUUCCAUAAAUAGUAAUAAAGACGAAUAAAUGGCUUCCAUAAUACAAGAAAAUAUAUAAUAAUGUCGUAUAUGUUUAAGUACAUCUUGUAAUUAGUACAAUCCUUUAAUAGCGCCUUGCUUAUGUAAAGGAACUGCUAAAUGGAUUCAUUUCGAUUGUGUUAAAUAAUGGAUUGAAAGUAGAGUUUAGAUUAAAAAAAAGAAAACUAUUAUAUAUUUAAUAAAAAAAGUACUAAAUGUGA